AUGUCUAGUGGUACGCCCAAGAACACGUGGCCCAUCCUCAUCGUCAAGCACAAGCAACGAUUGGAGGCUUGCGAGCAAAAAGCCAUCGCCGACGAAGACGACUUUCGAGCCACUCUGAGCGAAUUCUGGAAAAAGUACCGGGAACGUGAUGGGCUACGGCUUCUGAACCGCAUACGAAAGCAGCACAACUCUAUACUCGAGCUUGCAGCCGCUGUAGACGCGGCUCUGGGCAUCAAAGCACCGGAUAGUCUCACCGCCUUGGUCUUUUCCGUUGCUACAGCAGCCGUGCAGGCAGCUUUCGAGAGCAAAGCCGAGCUUGCGGCCCUUACGCAGGAGACAAAACGAUUGAACGACAUCGUACCAUCUUUCAACGUCGAAAAUUUACGCAGAUUUCAGACCGAGAGCCGCGUACGACAGCCUUUGGAAAAGCUGUUUGAGAGCUAUAUGGAAUCAUAUAUGGCGAUAUUUUCAGAGAGCGCUCCUCUGGUUCUGUGCAUUGAACGAUUUAGAGAGUCAUUGACUGGCAAGGAUGACUUCUUCGCCGCACAACGAGCAGAUUGGGAGCGAGCGUUUCGGGGCGCACAAGAGGAAGAGCAGCUCCGCAUAGAUCAGGCGGGCAAGACUGCACAUGCCGGGGUGCCGGAGCCGAUGGUCCUGCAAAGGACCAAUGCUCAGUUCGAUAGCGUCAGAGAGCUUGGAGCGGGCCAGUUCGGUCGAGUGCAUUGCGUAAAGCAGUACUCUACCGGGGAAUUCUUUGCUCAGAAAUUCAUACCCGCGCCCAAGGAGGCCGGAGGCAGGAGCGCUACGAAGAAGCGAGUGCUGAAUGAGGUGGAUGUCAUGAAGAAACUCCAGCACCAUCACAUCGCAUCUAUGCUGUUCUACACGGAGCAUGACGCUGGUUUCAACUUGAUCAUGCUACCGGUCGGCGACUGCAACCUGCGGGAGUUUCUCCUGCUAAGGUGUAUCAACGCUGACUACCCAAGAAGUGAGAUUCAGCUCCUCGACAACUGGUUUGGCUGCUUGAUCACUGCCCUGGCGUUUGCACAUUCCAACAAGAUCAAGCACGAAGAUAUCAAGCCUUCGAACAUCUUGAUAAAGGGCACUCGAGUCUACUUGGCCGACUUUGGAUGCGCUUGGGACUUCGAGGAAUCGUCGACGAGCCUCUCUGCCGACCAAUCGAUUGCAGGGACGCCUGUAUAUUGGCCUCCCGAGCCACUGAAAGAGCGCGGUCGCGCGGCAGACGUCUUCGCGCUCGGCUGUGUCUUCUCUGAGAUGUUGACAGUCCGCCAGGGCUGCACUCUAGACGAAUAUGGAGCAGCGAGGAGGGUCGACGAGCGGGACAACCCGUACGCCUUCAGCAAAAAUCUUGUCGCAGUCGAGGCAUGGCUGAGGAACUUGCCCGGCAUGGAAGAUGGGGCGACCAGAGCAGACGUACCCAAGCUCUUACUAAAGAUCAUUUUGAAAAUGCUGGAGAGAGACAACGGUCUCCGAGAGAACGCGAGGCAACUGAAGAGGGAGUUGAAAGUAGAGGAUGAGGUUUUGUUCUGCAGUAGCUGUUGGUGA